UGAUCACAUGUGUAAAGAAGUAAAAGAGGAAGAAAUAGAGAUUGAAGGAAAAAGAUUUACUGUGAAAUAUCAGACAGCUGUUGCAUGUGAACUGCCAGAGAGGUGGGAAAAUUUUCAGAUACAAGAACAAGAACAACAGGUACCAAAAGCAGAUCAUCAAAAUUCACAACAGUAUGCUUGGCCUCCAGGCCCGUAUGGUGCAUUGCCAGGAUUUUAUCAUAAUUUUCCUGGUAGUGGGGAUCCAAAUAUGAAUAAAGGUGGUAUGAAGGGUCAUUUUCCAGGUCAACAACCUAUGCCUGGAAAUGAGCAACAGCAAGGUCAUGGUCCGCAACAAGGUUAUGCACCACAUCCAGGUCAAGGUCAUGAUCCACAGAGAGGUCAAGGUUAUGGUCAAGGGAUGAAUUUUCCAUUUGGUCCUGGUGGACUUGGACUGAUGCCUCCUGGUUUUCCUCCAGGGUAUCAAAUGUUUCGCAUGCCACCUCCGUAUCAAAAUAUUUCCCAAGGUGGACAUAAUAUGCCUUCUACGCCAAGAUUUCCUAUGAAGUAUUUCCCAGCUCAAGGAUUUCCAGAAAUGCAACAGCCUCCAAAAUCACAUAGACAUACACCCGGGGAUGACAGUGGACAGUCAACAGAGGUCAAGUCACAUAAGUCAGGUGCACAUAAUGAUGGUAAUUGAUUUAAUAUUGUCAGCCUUUCAUCUUGCUAUGCUAUUUAAGAAUCAUCUAAAAAUCAUUUAGAGAAAGUCAUAUUUUCCUUGAAGUUGACAAUUUUGGGUUAGUAAAUAUGUUUGAUCGAUAUAGUUUGUCAGCUGAUGUAUAGUAAUAAGGUGAACUCAUUAUUGCCUACUUGAAAUGUAAUAAUAUUCUAAUGGUAAAAAACAGAGUUAUAAUUUUCUUAUUAAUUGUAAUAAUAAACAUUACUACGUGAAUAAUUCCAGGGGUAAUUGGAAUAAUCUAAUUGCAGAGAAAAAUAUUAUUGUGGGUAUAAAAUAGGAAAUGUCUUUUUUGUAAUGCAAAAAAUGAUGUGAAGUUAUAGAAUGUGAUAAUUAUUUGUAGGUUAUGAAAUUGGAUUGGAAAUAAAAUGAGAAACUUUUCUAACAGGGGAAAGCAUUAUUGUAUGAAAUAGGAAAUGUAAAUGUUCUGUAUACUAGAAACCUGAUGUUGACUUGUACAAUGUGAUUAUUUUCUUGGUGAAAAUGAAAUAGUUUUAAAAUAAAUUGGGAUAAUUACAGAAAACAUUAUUUUGGUCUAAAACGGGAAUUUUUACUGAUGUUUGUAAAGAAAACAUUAUUGCAAGAUUAACAAAAGCACCGCUAGGCGGAGCAUUAUAGACCCUUUCAUUUCAGACCUAUUCAAGUUGUCGCCCUUGGAUGACGUCGUUGGGGGAUACGUUGGACAAUGCCAAUACGAUUAAGUACAAUAAUAGAGAGAUAUAAAGAUCUUAAUCCUUUCUCUUGUAAGAUUGGCAGAUUGAAAUUGCCAAAAUUUUCUGUAAUUGAAUAGGUUAUUACAUAAAAAGGAUGGUGAAAUGAAUAAAAAAUGUUUACUAUAAUAAGGGUAACGAUUUGUUUUAAUAGUAGACCAUAUGGCUGGGUAACUGAUCAUGAUUAUCAUUUUCGUUAGAUUCUUAAUAAUGUAAAUUUUACCAGGCAGUUAAAUCGUACUAACUUGCUAAUACCAGGAAUAUAGAUAAUGUAUCUAUGUCUCUGCUAAUAUACAAUACCCAAAAGAUAUUUUGAGUUUCAAAAAUGU